AUGCUCAAUAAAUGUUUGCACUACGUGGUUGUUGCAGCGUUAGUCCUAGCUAGCGAUCCAAUUUCUGCAGAAUCCAACCAGGCAGAGCUGCUUUUGAGGACCGGACACGAUUUCUGGGCUCCUGGUGAGGUGUCCACUGAGGCAUCGCGAAAAAGACUUCUUCGAGCCUUCCACGAGGGAGAGGAUGAGUUGGCAUCGCAGCUAGCAGAAAACGAAGAGCGCGUGAAAAUACCUGAUCUGAAUAAAGUGGCUAACGAGCUCAAAGCGGGCAAAGAAAAGCAGAAGAUGCUUGCUGUGGCGUUGACAAAAACGAAGGUGAAACCCAACGGCCAAACACUGAACAGAGUUACGAAGAAGAUUCAAGAGAAGCCUCCAGCUCCACCCGCUAAGAUGGACAACGUUGAGGCCCAGUUGUUUGCUCGCAUUUUUAGAAACAACAA